CAGGCUGAGGGACACAUAGCAGGCUUGACCAAGGGCCCUACAUGCCAUGGAAGAAUGCAAGCAGAUUAUGGCACGCCAGAAAUCUAACAGCCAGUCAGACUCACACGAUGAUGAAGUUUCUCCUCCUCCACCAAAUCCGGUCGUCAAGGCUCGCCGUCGCAGGGGAGGAGUCAGCGCCGAAGUGUAUACUGAGGAGGAUGCUGUCAGCUACGUACGGAAGGUGAUUCCUAAAGACUACAAGACCAUGACUGCCUUGGCUAAAGCCAUUUCUAAGAAUGUGCUGUUUGCUCACCUGGACGACAACGAAAGAAGUGACAUUUUUGAUGCAAUGUUUCCAGUCACCCAUAUUGCAGGAGAAACAGUUAUCCAGCAAGGUGAUGAAGGAGACAACUUCUAUGUGAUUGACCAAGGUGAAGUGGAUGUGUAUGUGAAUGGUGAAUGGGUGACCAAUAUUGGCGAAGGAGGUAGUUUUGGAGAGCUGGCCUUGAUCUACGGGACUCCAAGGGCUGCCACUGUCAAGGCCAAGACUGAUCUGAAACUGUGGGGCAUCGACCGAGACAGUUACCGGCGCAUUCUCAUGGGUAGCACACUGAGAAAGAGAAAGAUGUAUGAAGAGUUCCUCAGCAAGGUCUCCAUCCUCGAGUCUUUGGAUAAGUGGGAGCGUCUGACCGUGGCUGAUGCUCUGGAGCCUGUUCAGUUUGAGGAUGGAGAGAAGAUUGUGGUGCAGGGAGAGCCUGGUGAUGACUUCUUCAUUAUUACAGAGGUAUCGUCUGUCAUGUCACGUCAGUAUGUGAGCUAAUUUUCCCUAACUGUCACAUUUCC